AUGUGCCCCGAGGAUAGGGUGUUCAACAUGACGGUUGUUAGAACUGUUCUCUUGUCAUGGAAAGAAGCUAUGACGAAGCUCAAGUGCAGGUCAAAGCACAUGCCUACUUGUCAAACGUUUGAUGAUGCGAUUAUUGCAGUCGAGGGUCUGAUGCUGUACAUCCUCAGUGUAACAGCUGACAACAGUGACCAACACUUUAUACCCUGGCUGUUUACAUCCGAUGCCUGCGAGCAACUUUAUGCUUUCCUGCGCAUAGGCCUCCAUGCUGGCAUUAAAACUAAUCUGUGUUCUAAGGAUGUGUUGAAACAAGCUAUGAAGGAGGGAGUCUCAAGGGCUAGAGAACUCCUUCAAGAACACUGUAGCUUUGAAGGAGAGGCCUUUCAACCAUCUUAUGACGGAGCAGAGAGUGACGAAUCGGAAACAGAUGACGAAGAAGAGGAUGUGGAGGAUAUUGACUCAUUAGAGGAAUGGGCGAACAUAGUAACUGUGUAUGGUUCCAGUAUGCGAGCACAAUACAACGACACAUCAGCCCUACACAACGUCAUAUCAGUUCUCCUCUGCUCCGUCGACCUCAUCUCACUCCGGCAGAACAGUUCCGGAUUACCUCCGGACAUCCCCUGUCCCGUUAAUAACUUCCAGAUACUACAGAGAACGUUAGACCAUGAUACCAAGCAACUGCUUAUCUCUGAUAACUACUCCUAUCUUAGAAAACUGCUGGAGGAACCUACUGUUAUGGAGCUGGAGGACAUUGUACAGAUGAUGAAGCACGUAAGCUGGGAGAAUGCUAAAGCGAGCAAGGUGGUUUUGUCAGAGCUACUGUAUUACAUCUCGUCUGUUCACAGCUCUGAUAUGAAACCGUACCUUGUGUUCCUACUUCAUAUACUUCUUAUCCAAGAUUCGUGGCAACGGAAACGGAUCCAGCUGGUUCUGAAAGGAGGUCCAGAGCGUGACACUCUCCUGGACAUCAUACAGCGCAGCAAGUCUCAUCACCAGAAGCGAGCUUAUCAGUGUAUGAAGUGUCUUACUAACCUACUCUCUGCCAGCACGCUUGCUGCUGAGAUAUUCUUUGAAGAUGCUGACAAUAAAUUCAGAUGGGAAGGAGCUGUGAAUUGGCUUGGAGUGCAGCUUGAACGUCGGCCAGGUUACCAUGGAAACAAUCCUGGCAGUUGGGCAAACCUCUCUAAUGAAACCGGCAACGACUUUUACAUCGAGAGGAGUAACUCAGCGGUCCUCGUUCAUCAAAAGGUACUUUUUAUAAUUCAAGUUUUUCCUUAA